AAAUGAUAUUUUAUUAGGUAUUCGUAAAGGUAAACGUACUUGUCUGAAUUUUCAGAAUCCUACUUUGUCCGAGCGAGGUCUUGAGGAUCUUUGAAUUGGGGUGGAUGGGGACUUAAGGGAUAGCGAAACGAAUUUUACAGGCUUACUCGAGGAUCCUUGAAUAAUUUUAAUGUAAAAUAAUAGAUACAUAGAGACGUUGAAAUUUCAAAUACAGAUCUUUAAAUUGGGUUGGAUUGGGGAGUGCAACUCGGUGCACGGUGGAAUUAAUUUUUGAGUCUAAAAAAAAAAAAAACAAAACAAAACAAUACAAUCAACUGCAAACGAUAUAUGGUACCACAGUUGUCCUCGUACCCCAUUGCAUUGUUGGAAGCUGUCGCGAUUCCUCGAGCGAGGAUGCGUCGACGUAAACUGUCGCUUAAUAAUCACCCUCGUCGAGGAUCCAUCGCGAUCCCUAAGAUCGCUUACCAAGAGAUCACGGUGAGGCGCCCGGGCGCUGAUUCGUGACGAUGAUUAUUAUUCGCCCAGGCGUCAUAAAUAAUAAAGGGAGGGGGGAUUACGUAGGUCGGUGUAAUUGAAUCAAAAUAAUGUAGAGGUAUCGUGUUGUAAGCUCGGCCAAUCAUAACUCAGGUGGCCAUCUCGUCCUGCUCUGUGCUGUAGCAGAGAGGCAAGGGGGUGGGCGUCGAGGGUGUCUCUAUAUAAAGGGUGUCAUCUCUAACCCAGGGACACUUGUUCCACCACCAACAGGCCGCAAACGUCGCCGACGUCGCGACGUCUCGUACCGCGCGGGAUCUUCGUAUUUUCUCACGAGUUUCUUCACCAGUUCGAAGUCGAGGAAUCGGAAGUAUCAGUCCGCACAUCCCCCUCGAUACUUACGACAUGAGUGCGUUAUCGUCGCUCUACGUGCUGCCCUUCCUCUGCAACUGGUUCCUGGUGUCUUCCUCCAUGCUAACGCCCCUGAGAGCCGACGGGAACCUGAGGAUCUUCAAGGACGCGCCCAGCGACUUCGAGUACGUGCUGAAGAGGCACGGGAACAGCGGUCGUUCCGACGACGCCGACUCCAAGGAACGGCGAAGCAACGUUGGCUCGUCGUCUUUCAUCAGAUUCGGCCGUGGCGAUUCCGAAGUGAACGCCGAGAAGCUCCUAGACGGCGAGGCCGACGACGGAUCCAAGGUCAGCAGGUAUCCGCGAUGGAAGUCUCCGGACGUGGUCAUCAGGUUCGGUCGAUCCGGCUACAAGGCUGCCAAUAGGGAGUUGAAGCGGGGAAGGAACGACCUGAACUUCAUCAGGCAAGCAUCAUACGGCAGGAACACGCAGAUGUACCCCCUGGAGAUCGACCUGACGGCGAUGUGCUCCGACCUGAUGCUGAACGACGAGCUGAAGUAUCUCCGCCCCUACGAGGCGAGGUUGCUGCGUCUGUGCAACGUCCUCGACGACGUCGACGUCGAGCACAGGAACUCUCUGAGCUAUCUGGAGAACCGACUCGACUCGAAGCACGAGUAAAGCCCUUGCCCGGGUCCAUCGAGCGAUCAUCGUCAGGAUUCGCGUCGACGGGCGUGCAGGAAUCAAAACGGGAACGUCGAGGGGGGGAAGACACCUCGUCGCGCUCGAUCCUGAAAUUCCCGCGAACAACGUUAUUAUCGGCCGAUCGUGUUAUCGAGACCUUCAUUUUCAUUUAAUCGAAUCAGCCUCCCUUUUCCUCCAGUCAGCCGCGACGCAACGGACCGCUUCCUUCUUUUUUUUUUUUUUUU